UAUCUUGCAAGAUUUGAUAUUUUUAUUCUCUUGUCUACUCGGCGGCAUUUAUACUACAAGGAAAGCUGCGCAGUUAGAUACCGUGCUGCGCAUCUGUACCUUUACCCAUAAUCAGCGUCAUCCUUCCAAGAUUGUGCGGUUGUGCCUGUUGGGUGCCUUGAGCCCGGGAUCCCCAGAAUUGGCUAUUUGCGAGUGGAAGCUGGAAGGGGCAUCCCAGGCUCAGGGGUUUUUCGAGGUGGCCACAGGUGCCGCCCCCGCCCCUCUACGGGGCGCCUUUGCGGGGACGACUCCCCACCGCCUCGGUCCGGCACGGCUGACUCCCAACAUGGCUUACCACAGCGGGGAGGGAAGCUGGCACAUACCAUACCUGGCUAUUUCUCCUACCCACCUCCUUCUCCAUGUCCCAGCAACAGGAGAUCUCAUCCCGCGGUACUCCGUACACGGCCUCUCGAGAAAAUACAGUUUGAAAUGACGCAGGACUCGCGCUCGCCCCAGGAUGCUGGUCCCCGCAUCAACGGCGUCGCCGCAAAGCCGCCGCCGCCUACGCCUACAACAAUAGCAGCAGCCACUGCAGCCUCUCCUGUUGUUGCUGCCGUUGCUGCCGCUGCCGUCGGUGCAUCAUCCAAUGCGCCACCAGCAGAAGAAGCAAGAGGAGGAGUAGCAGCAGCAGCAGCAGAAGCACCGGCAGCAGAUCUAGUAGCGACAGGACCCCGCGUCACCGCACGCCCCCGCACAUUACCCGAGAUCUGCUAUACGUUGCGCCGCAAGGUGCUCGCCUUCUUGGACGAGCAAAUACAAGACGCCCACGAAGACCGGCUGCUCCGCGACACACAGGACCAGGCCCGCGUGUCCAUGGGGGUCAUUGAGGAGGCUCUGCGCAGAUAUGGACCCGAGGAUAUAUCUCUGGCGUAUAAUGGCGGGAAGGACUGUCUGGUAUUGCUGGUGUUGAUCUUGGCAUGCCUGCCGGUUGCGCCGAGCUUCGCGCCCUCGCCAGCAUUUACGGCUGCUACACACACGACAUCCGCAUCUGUGCUCACCUCCGCAGCGACGUCCUCCUCUCCCACUCCCGCACCCGAUAGGUCGGAACCGAUCCGCGCUGCGACUUCGCAGCCACCCCCUUCUCCACCGCCCGAGCCUCUCCAGGCCAUAUACAUUGCGCCGCCAGACCCGUUCCCCGAGGUUGAGGAGUUUGUCGAGGUGUCGACCGCCGAAUACCACCUUGAUCUUGUUCGGUAUGCUCUACCCAUGCGGCCCGCCCUCGAGGCGUACCUGGGAGACCGGCCGGCUGUGAAAGCUAUCUUCAUGGGCACGCGGCGGACGGAUCCGCACAGCGAGUUCCUCAAGCAUUUCAGUCCCACGGACAAGGGCUGGCCACAGUUCAUGCGUGUGAAUCCCGUGAUCGACUGGCACUAUGCCGAGAUAUGGACUUUUAUCAGACGUGUCGGCGUCCCUUUUUGCUGUCUUUAUCAGCAGGGCUUCUCGUCGCUCGGAGGUGUGACAAAUACGCGUCCGAACCCGGCACUCGCACUUGACCCUGGCGUCGACGGGACUAAGAAGUUCCGCCCGGCGUACGAGCUCGUUCGCGACGACGAGGAGCGCCUCGGGAGGGACCGGUGAGCCAUGACGCUCCAAUUACUACACGUGAACUCCGUACAGAGCACACGGAGAAAAUUGGCGUGUGCAGUUCCGGCAGACUUUUCGCCAUGGCACGUGAAGUGUUGAAGCUGUCAAGACCAAUUCACCAAUUGGAACGCGCUUGGCUGGGUUUUCAUCGCCUGAACCCUCCCGCGUCUACAGGCUGAACGCCACUUUGCGCACUUUGAGCUGAGGCUUUUAGCUAGAUAUUCAAUAGAUGGAGCAGCCCGUAUCUGCAAGAGCGUAGAUUUGAUGUUUAUAUGGCCAUAGCGAAAGAGGAGGACAAGGUUUGUUGUAGUGCUGGACUUAUUCAGGAAAGGAGGUUGGGUUUUACGUGUAACGAUGUCUUCUGCAUACUAGAAACGACUUCAUAGAGCGAGCAAGCAGUGUAGAGAAUCAUUAUUAGAGUGAGACAUUUACGAGUUACUCGCGCCGCUUUGGAGAACAUCUCAGCC